AUGGAGAUUUUUGAUCUCACCGAGGGUGACUCCAAUGAGGAGCAAGAGGCAUCCGAGGCAGAAGAUGAGACCUCGGAGCUGACCAUCUUUGCAGUGACAGAGAUUGCCGAGACCUAUAAGGCAGUGAAUGACGAGGAGACCUUCUAUGACUGUGAUGAGGAGUUGAAGGAUGAGUUGAAGCCUCCAUCGAUGGAAGAGACAGACGCCCAAACCUCAGGAUGCAGAGCUGAUGGAGAGGCCAAGGCCAUGGUUGAACCUAUGAAGAUUUGCAUGAUCAAGAAUGUUGUGGCUUUGGAAGUUCCCUCCGUCAUCAUGACGAUUGACUCCGGGGCAGAUGUGUCAGUGGCUCCUGAACGGUUCUACAACCUUGGAGUUCCAGGUGCAGGCAAGCCCAUUGAAAUGAUCGAUGCACAAGGAGCCAAGAUCUGCAGCAAAGGCAACCGCCGUCUACGACUUCAAGCCCAAACUCGUGAUGGUGAAGUGGUUGAAUUCAUUGAACAAUUUGCAUUGGGAGUUGGUGUGACCCAUCCACUUUUGAGCUUUGGACGCCUUCUGAAGCAGGGAUGGGGACUUUCCAAAGAUGAUCAUGGUCUUUUCCUUGAACACCCAGAGAAGACCGUGAAGAUUCCUGCAAGGUUGGAACGAAAUUCGCUUGUUAUGGAUGUGAAGAUUUGUGCAGUUCGAGCUGAAGGAGAUGAACCAGAGGAACUGCAAGUCAAUGCAGUGAGUGGAGGACGAGAAGAAGCAGUUGAGAGUGGUGGUGAUACAAGACCACUAGAGCAUCCAUCCACGGCAGCAACAAUUGAAAGUGCCACAGCAGCUUGUGAGAAAGGUGACAAGGAAGAUGAUGAUGUGACAAUGGAGCUGAUGCAUCAAGUGUCGAAUGAAGGUGAUCCUGGUCAAGAUGAAAGUCGGUCACCAGGUUACACCACAGAGGAGUCCGGCGACAUCAUGGUGAAAGGCAGCAGCAGUGAAGACGGUAAGGUGAAGGAGAAGUUGGCCCGUUGGGAGCGCUGGAACUUCAAGUUCAAGGAGGUGAAGAAAGAACCAGUCGAGCUGUCAAGCCCUGAAGAGCAA